AUGGAAGAAGCCGCCUGGGAGACACGAGCUUGGACGAUGCAAGAGCAUUUGCUUUCCAGAAGAACAUUGUUUUUCAGUAAGCAACAGGUCUUUUUCGUUUGCGGCGAGAUGACGACGAAGGAGAGUUGGGCUCAACCCCAUACUAAGGCAUACGACUAUAAUCCUGAUCGCGAAUCUACUGAUCAAUGGGCAGAGUAUGAUCUCCCGCUACCAACAGCGACCCCACGAAACAGUUUUCAGUUAUCCUACCAAAACUGUGUCAGCCUUUACUCUCAGCGCAACCUUACUUUUCCUAGCGAUCGCUUCCGGGCAUUUCAGGGUUUACAAGCUCGAUUGUCUAAACUAUACCAGGUCGAGUUCAUCCAUGCUACGCCCAUCGACGAAGAGAACUUCCUUAACGCGCUGCUCUAGAGGCAUGCUACUCUGAUGCGCGACUUGAAUUCUGCUUCAUCGACUCUCCGUCAAUGGCCUCACCGGGCCUGGCUCAGCCAUCCUGGAGGAGUUGCCUACAAUCCAUUCGUGUACUGGAGUCAUCGUCGAAGCUAUGCAAAGCACCUCGAGCUUCCUGACCCCAAGGCAUGAUAUCAAGGACCA